GGUUUCCGUAAAACUCCACAGUUUAGUAGUAUAUCAAAGGUAUGAAAAGUUCGGCUGUGACAUUUAUAAUAUAGAACGUGACUCUGCACAAAUCUAUUUAUAAUUAGAUUUUAAAAUUCGGCUUUAGUGUUCAGGUUAAGUCACGCGUAAAUACAUGUUUUUGACAGCAGUUUCGUGGGCGGAAAUUGUCACACAAGGCAACUCGUAUUUCCUGCACUCUAGGAUUCAAAGCGGGAAAAGGGAACUUCAGUGACUGAACUACGCGAACACCCUUGAAAGUGCUUGUCGAGACAAACAAGCGAAACAACGGACAGCAACAGCAGCGAGCGAGUACGUUAGCGUGAAGUCUGUAACGGGAGAGAAAUCCGAAAACCGUUAGCAGUACAACGACUAUUUUAACAUUACAUAACUAAAUGUUAUCAUCAACGACACGCUCGUUUUUCUUCUAUUUGAUUUAAAUUUUUUGUAAAUAGGCGUUUCGUUAUUUACUCACAGGAAGCAAACGAGGACUUCCUGGGGUAUGUUGACUUGCGAGAGGACGAAAACACUUUUUUCUAUUUUGAAUAGAAUAAAAUGAAGCCAAGGCGACUACAGAGGCAAACAGAACCACGAUGGCAAGGAAAAGCAGUUACAGCUAAGGACAGGACAACAUCGUGUGUGUCCUCUUGUGCUCGUGUGAAACCUUUUGCUGGCAAAGUGUUUUAUCUGGACCUGCCAUCAAACAAAACUGCAGAAACUCUAGAGAGUGACAUUAAACAACUGGGAGGGACUGUUGAAAAGUUUUUCAGCAAGGACAUUAGGUAUCUGGUAUCCAACAAGAGGGAGGCUAGAUAUGUGCAUUGCCUCAGGCUGGACUCGCCUGUUCCCAGCCCAGAGUCUGGACCGAGUUCACCUCACCUUCGUUCAAAACUGAAGCAGUCUGGAAGUCUUGGGGACAACGUACAAAGCCGGUCUCAGGGCCAAACAGACACUACUGUCACAAGUCGAGGGAAGUCUUUGGUGGAGAGAGUUGUAAAAGAGCAGGAGAGGGUACAAUUGAACAAGAUUCUGUCAAAUGCUCUAGAGUGGGGUGUGAAAAUCCUCUACAUAGAUGAUGUGAUAGCUUAUGUCCACAAGAAAAAAAAGCUUGUGAGCAGCCAUGGUCCCGCUACCACUUCUGUCAAAACAAUUGUCAAAGGAGCGCAAGCAGCAAAUCAGGUCUCACAGAAACGCAAAGGAGGGCGGCUCAGUAAACCUUUCAUCAAGAUUGAGGACUCAAGCAGACACUACCGUCCAAUCUGCCUCACUAUGCCAAACAUGCCUGAGUUCAACCUGAAGACUGUUCCUCCCUGUAGUCCCUUCUGUUUGGAUGACAAGGAUCCUGCAGUGACCAAGCAGGGGGCUCACAGAGGUGCAAAAGCCUCAGCGAGCGAUGAGAGGGCGCACGGUCGAAAGAAAAACCGGGACAAGAAGCGAAGUGGCUACUGUGAGUGCUGUGUGAUCAAAUAUGAAAAUCUGGCCACGCAUCUUCAGAGUGAGCGUCACAGGGCUUUCUCUAGGAGCGAUGAGUACUCGGUAGUGGACCGGUUGGUUUCAAGCCUUCACAGUGGCUUCAUCCACAUGACAAGGCCAAAAUGCAGUGUUUCUUCUGUUCUUGUUUCUCCUCUGUCAUGUGUAAAAAGUGACCUAAGGCACAUGAGAAACAUGACUGUUGCUGGGUGUGCAGGAUCAUAUUCAGGAAAUGCUUCAAAAAUGAGAUUACUUACUGGCUCGGCUACUCUGACUUAUACAGAGGGUGACGGGGAAAAACGUUACCCUUAUUCAUGCGCAUCUCUUGCACCUGAACAUCCAUGCACUUCAAGAACUGAGGGUCAAAACCCUCCACUUAGGACAGAAACACCACCCCCUACAGGAGACCGUCUGGGCUCUUUUCCCUUGGCGCUUACUCAGGUCAACCCAGUGGACCAAAUCUCUCAAAUGGAAAUAAACAGUUCAGACUCAAUCCCCCGAAAUGUGGAUAUACAGAAUGACAUUUCCUCAAGAAGUGUUUAUGUUAUGACAAAUCACCAAGAAGAGUCUGACAUGAAUAAGGACCUUUUACUGGUUGAAACUCUUGUGGAUGGAAAUGAAAUACUAGAGAAAAGUACUGAAAACUGUCUCGCAGACAGGGAAGAGGAUGGUUUCCCUAUAGAAAGCUUUUCUCCAGAACGGAAAAUAAGAAGGAAGGCAAGAGUUUUUAAACGUAGAAGACCAAAGGUGGACGCGGCAGUUGGACAGGUAAAGCCAAAUGAUGUUCCUGACAACUCUGUACUGAAACUCUGGGAGCUUUUUCAGUCCAGUGACGACAUGAACGUAGAGUUUCAUGGAUUUGAGGAUUAAGAAACGACACCCAAACAGGUUUUCUUCUCUUCAGACCACACAUUUGGUGAAAUAAUCUAAAUUACAAAUACAAUAAUUACCAGAAUGGCUAAUCUUAGCUACAUUUGAUGUUAGACUAAAGAAUGCUGAUGAUGUCUUGUAUGAUUUAGCUUUAAGCAGUAAAAAUGGAAAAAACAAACCUUUUUUAAAAAAUGUACACUAAACUAAUAUUCCCAGAAUGGCAAAUACUUGUAUUAAAAGUAGAUAUUUGAUGAGCCCUUUGAGCUUUAUUGCAGACUGGAAUGUCAAACUUGCACGUUUGAUAUUUCAGCUGUCUCUCUGCUUAACACUGAAUGUGAAUUUAAAACGGAAGCUUCAGUGCAGCUCUGUUGAAAUAUCAAAUCUUCCCCAGCAUGGUGAUUGAUGCUCUUACAUAAAACCUGUACUUGUUUGUAUUAUGAUGUGAGUGGCCUGCAGGUCAUAUGUGUUUUACCUGACAUUAAAUUUGACAUUUUAGGAUUUUUCCUAAGUGCACCGUUUCAGUGA